CUGCACGGUCUCGCGAUAGCAGAGUGCAAACGGAAGUUAGUCUUUGUUAAAGAUGGCAACCCCCUAUGUGACAGAUGAGUCUGGUAAAUACAUCAGCGCCUCGCAGCGUCCGGACGGCUCGUGGAGGAGACCACGGCGGGUGAAGGACGGAUACGUCCCGCAGGAGGAGGUCCCGGUCUAUGAGAACAAGUAUGUCAAGUUCUUCAAGAGCAAACCUGAGCUGCCCCCCGGCAUGAGCCCCGAGGACGAGACACAGAGCGACGCCGCAGGACUCUCCAAAACUGCCAAACGCAACAUGAAGCGCAAAGAGAAGCGCAAACAGCAGCAGAUCCCGCAGGAGGACGUGACCUCAGAGCUGGAGCACAUGACCCUCACCGCAGACCACCACACCACCAGCGACCCGACAGAGAGAGCCAAGAAGAUGAAGAACCUGCGGAAGAAGCUGCGACAGGUGGAGGAUCUCCAGCAGAAGAUGGAUUCGGGAGAACUGAAGACCCCCAGCAAGGAGCAGCUGGACAAACUGAGCCGGGGUCAGGCUUUACGAGACGAGCUGAAGCUGCUGGAGGAAGAUCUGGGAGAUCUGUGAGUGUCUCUACAUCAGUCCAAACUCAUUCCUGUGUUUUACACAUCUCUGGACUCUAGAUGCGGGUCGUCCAGAACUCACACGAGAGCAGACGUCAGAUCACAGACUGAUGUUUUACCACAGCAUGAAACUAUAAUGUGUAGACUUGUGUUAUAUUAAACAUUGCAUUACAAUCUUC